UUUAUUAGGUUUAAACUUUAAACUGCACACUUGAUUUGAUUUUAUAGGAUAUAAUUAUUUUAAUUCUGCAGUAUAUAUUAUUCGAAGUUAAAUUAAACGUGAUACAAACAGUUUAAAAUGAGCGGUCUGGUAAGAACAGCAAACAGAAUCUUUCAAAAAUGCGUAAAGCAUAACUUAGCCGGCUCUGUAGUCACUACUAGAGUUCAAGCCCCAGUAAAACGUGACUUCACACGAGGUAUAUGGCAUAUGAGCUGCUCAAAGAGAAUGGAAAGCGCUGCAACGUGCUCAUCCCUCCUUCAUCACUCAAAUACGUGCAGUUGUGGCUGCGGCUUGAAAGCCAUACAUACGAAAGGAGAAAAAGAGUUAGUUGAGUUCUUGACAGAAGAAAUUGUAGCUGAGCGCAAAGCACAAAAGAUGAAGGCACUGCCAGCUGAAGUUGAUGGAUUUAAAGUGAAGGGUGAUGGUGCUGAGGUAUUACUUACUAAAGAACUCAAGGAUGAAAUUGUUAAAAUCACAUUCAAUGUCAACCACACAGUAGAUUCUGAAGAUUUUGGUGAAGAUGCACAACCAGAGAAGCAGGAAUUUGCAGAGAUGAGGUCCAAGCCACAAUUUGAGGUGGACCUGGUCAGGGGAGACACUACUUUGGGCUUUACUUGCUCAUUCCUUCAAGAACCCCCAUCUACUAAUGCAGAUGAAUACAAUGACAUAUUUGGAAUUGAUGAAAUCACAUUGUACCAAGGUGAAUGGUCCGAGAAGGUGUAUGCUGUUGCUGGCGAUGUGCUAGAUGGGUAUCUAUAUGACUUGUUGAUGAACGUACUUGAGGAGAAAGGAGUCAGCAAUGAGUUUGUCCAGAAACUGUCCGACUUCAGCACAGCAUAUGAACACUCCGCCUACAUUAACCUGCUUGAGGGCAUUUCUAAGUUCACCAUUGGCAAGCAGUAGACUGUAGGUUUUGAUGCUUUUCUUAUCAUCUAAAUCUACAGAACUGAAAACGUGAAUUUAUUCAACUUGGAAGAAGUUUAUUUAAUACAUCUCAUUUCCAAGUAUAUUCAAUUAUUAUGAGUUGUAAAGUGUACAUGAUUACAAGUAAUAGUUUGACACUCUGAGUUUUAAAUUAAUAAUAUAAUUAUAAAAUUUUGCUGCUCUUAGAAAAGUAGCUGUUAAGUAAUUCAAUAAACUGAAGUGUAACAGUUAUUGGAGACAAACGUAUACACAAAUACUAAAAAAAUAUUUCGAGGUUUCGCAGCAAACAUGUUAAUGUAUGUAGGUUACUUGAAAGGGGCAUUUAUUUUGCUAAGGAGAGCAUUAAGAAGAUAGAUUAGUUGUAACAUGUUGUUCUGUUUAGUUGUAUUGUUAGUUGUUUAGUUCUGAUUAAAGACAUAAUGUUCAUAUAA